UUUGUGCAGGAGACUCCUUCUUCCCAUUGUGUCUGGUGGAUUGGGAGAACUUAGGAGUCCGGGAGAUGUCAGCUCCUCGCCGGCUUGUUGGUUGUGUGUGUGUCUAUAGGCUGUGAGCUCUAGAUGGCUUCCACCUCUCAGGGGCUCUGCCAUUCCUACUUGGCUCUCAUGCCUUGCCAGCCUUUCAGUGGCAGUCCCUGUGGUCCCUCUUGUUCUGUGUAGUGUACAUGUGUAAAGCAGAAGAAUAGUGGUAAAAGGAGCUUGCUGUCAAGUGGGAUAGCACAUGGUGCUGAGACUGGACAUUUCCCAGGUUUCCUGUUAUAAAUAACUGGUGCAAGAAUGGACAGUAACCUGCUGUUUUGUAGAAGGAAACUAGUCCUGUUUCUGACCAUCGUGAUGUGGGAGUCAUCAAGGCAAGUGUUAGCAGACAAUGUAAUGGAUGAUGAUGCAAAAAAUAACAUCACCAUAUUCACAAGAAUUCUAGACAGACUCCUGGAUGGAUAUGAUAACCGUCUGAGGCCUGGAUUAGGAGAUCGUGUAACAGAGGUGCACACUGAUAUCUAUGUGACAAGUUUCGGACCUGUUUCUGACACAGAUAUGGAAUACACUAUAGAUGUAUUCUUUCGUCAAAAUUGGGAAGAUGAAAGACUGAGGUUUACUGGACCAAUGCGUAUUCUUCGAUUAAACAAUCUGAUGGCUAAUAAAAUUUGGACACCGGACACUUUCUUUCAUAAUGGAAAAAAAUCUAUAGCCCAUAACAUGACAAUGCCAAAUAAGCUUCUGAGAAUUCAGGAUGAUGGAACACUGCUAUAUACCAUGAGGCUCACUGUCCAGGCUGAAUGCCCCAUGCAUUUGGAAGAUUUUCCUAUGGAUGCACAUGCCUGUCCAUUAAAAUUUGGCAGCUAUGCUUAUACAACUUCAGAAGUGACAUAUGUAUGGACCCGUAAUGCCACAGAGUCGGUUGUGGUGGCACCAGAUGGCUCUAGACUUAAUCAGUAUGUCCUUUUAGGCCAUUUGGUUGGAAAGGAAACCAUUAAGUCAAGUACUGGAGAGUACACGGUUAUGACAACACAUUUUCACUUGAAGCGAAAAAUUGGUUAUUUUGUGAUUCAGACCUAUCUCCCCUGCAUUAUGACAGUCAUUUUGUCUCAGGUGUCAUUCUGGCUGAACAGGGAGUCUGUUCCUGCAAGAACAGUCUUUGGUGUCACAACUGUUUUGACCAUGACAACACUCAGUAUCAGUGCUAGAAACUCCUUGCCAAAAGUAGCUUAUGCUACAGCUAUGGACUGGUUCAUUGCGGUCUGUUAUGCAUUUGUCUUCUCAGCUUUGAUUGAAUUUGCCACUGUUAACUAUUUUACAAAAAGAGGAUGGGCUUGGGAUGGAAAAAGUGUUGUCAAUGAUAAGAAAAAGGAAAAGGCAUCUGUAAUUAAGAAGAAUAAUGCCUAUGCCGUUGCUGUGGCAAACUAUGCCCCAAACAUCACUAAGGAUUCCGCCCUCCCAACGAUAUCAAAAAGUGCAACAGCAGAUGCCAACAAAGCAAAACCACAAGAAGCAAAGAAAACAUUCAACAGUGUUAGUAAAAUUGACAGAAUGUCUAGGAUAGUGUUUCCACUUUUAUUUGGUACAUUUAACCUGGUAUAUUGGGCCACUUAUCUGAACAGGGAACUUGCCAUAGAAGGGCUUGUCCUUUCAAAGUAAAGGCCCUUUGUAUGCUAAAGCGGUACUGGCAUUCUCAGACUCAGAUAGAUUGUUUUAGUAUGUAUGACGAAUAACUUGUGAAUUGACAUGUACAGUAAGCACCUCCUAUCUAAGAAGAGGUGGGAGGUGACUCUGUUAACUAGAAUGAGCCUUGAGUAGAUACUGUAGCACUCCUGAUAUAUAUAUUAAAAAAAAAGGAAAAUUUCUUUUUGACCGCAAAGUAUUUUCACUUUGGAUUAUGGUGUAACUGCAAUGUAUGGGGAAAACAAAAAGAAUGCUUGUUAACAGAGAACACGUUUUACUGAGACAAUUUUUUCAUUUUCCUUAUGGGGAUCCUAUUUUGUUAAAUACGAUGUUAAUCUUUUAUAUGAUAAUGCAAUGUGCUUAUGUACUAAAAGCCCUUCCUGAUUCCAUACUUUAGGUGUAACAUGCAUUUCACAGAAAUGAUUAAAACUACAUUCCUAUGUCACAUUCUUAAGGUCAAUUUUUUCUUUAACCCUAUACUAGAAGGAAUUAUUCCAUUUUAGUAACUUUGUGUUGUGGCGUUUAACAAAUUGAUCAGGGAAAUUUGUGUCAGAAACAUUGAAACCUUUGCGGCACUUGUUCUUCUUGUUCACUAGAAUUGCACUACAGUUCUGUGUCUGAUCAAUUGCCAUUUUCUUUUAAUAUAAAGUGUAAUUCAGAGCAACUGUGUAAAUUACAGCAUUGUGUAUGGAAAUAUUCAUAGCUAAUAGUAUCGCUGUAAUAUUGUACAAAGCUAUUUUAUUUCUUUUUAUAUAUUGUUAUCCCAAAGUUGAGUCCAAAUGGACAUUAUAACUGACUUGUUUACACCAGUGCUUUCUCUGUGGUAGCAGGAGGGUUCACAAAUCCCAGGAAGGAUACACAAUAAUUUCAUUAAAUUGAGGAUAGUUCAUACAACCUUUGUGUAUAUAUAUUGAUGGGACAUAUACAGUCAUGGCCGUAGAUGUUGGCACCCCUGAAAAUUUUCAAGAAAAUGAAGUAUUUCUCACAGAAAAGGAUUGCAAUAACACAUGUUUUGCUAUGCACAUGGUUAUUCCCUUUGUUUGUAUUGGAACUAAACCAAAAAAAGGGAGGAAAAAAAGCAAAUUGGACAUAAUGUCAAACCAAACUCCAAAGAUGGGCUGGACAAAAUUAUUGGCACCCUUUCAAAAUUGUGGAAAAAUAAGCAUGUGAUGCUUCUUUAAACUCACCUUGGGCAAGUAACAGGUGUGGGCAAUAUAAAAAUCACACCUGAAAGCAGAUAAAAAGGAGAGCAGUUCACUUAGUCUUUGCAUUUUGUAUCUGUGUGUGUGACACUAAGCAUAGACAACACAAAGAGGAGAAGGGAACUGUCUGAGGACUUGAGAACCAAUAUUGUGGAAAAAUAUCAACAAUCUCAAGGUUACAAGUCCAUAUCCAGAGAUCUAGAUUUGCCUUUGUCCACAGUGCGCAACAUUAUCAAGAAGUUUGCAACCCAUGGCACUGUAGCUAAUCUUCCUGGGCAUGGACGGAAGAGAAAAAUUGAUUAAAGGUGUCAAUGCAGGAUAGUUCUGAUGGUGGAUAAGCAGCCCCAAACAAGUUCCAAAGAUAUUCAAGCUGUCCUGCAGGCUCAGGGAGCAUCAGUGUCGGAGCAAACUAUCCUUCGACAUUUAAAUGAAAUUAAACACUAGGAGAUCCAGGAGGGUCCCACUGCUGACACAGAGACAUAAAAAAGCAAGACUACAUUUUGCCAAAAUGAACUUGAGUAAGCCAAAAUCCUUCUAGGAAAACGUCUUGUGGACAGAUGAGACCAAGAUAGAGCUUUUUGGUAAAGCACUUCAUUCUACAGUUUACCUAAAACAGAAUGAGGCCUACAAGGAAAAGAACACAGCACCUACAGUAAAAUAUGUGGAGGUUCAAUUAUGUUUUUGGGGUUGUUUUGCUGCCUCUGGCACUGGGUGCCUUGAACGUGUGCAGGGCAUCAUGAAAUCUGAGGAUUACCAAUGGAUUUAGGAAGCACUGUACAGCUCAGUGUAAGAAAGCUGGGUUUAAGUUCAAGACUCUUGGGUCUUCCAGCAGAACAAUGGCCCCAAACAGACGUCACAAAGCACCCAGAAAUGGAUGGCAACAAAGCGCUGGAAAGUUCUGAAGUGGCCAGCAAUGAGUACAGAUCUAAAUCCCAUUGAACACCUGUGGAGAGAUCUUAAAAUUCCUGUUAGGAAAAGGCGCCCUUCCAAUAAGAGAGACCUGGAGCAGUUUAAAAAGGAAGAGUGGUCCAACAUUCCGGCAUAGAGGUGUAAGAAGCUUAUUGAUGGUUAUAGGAACCGAUUGAUUUCAGUUAUUUUUCCCCAAAGGGUGUACAACCAAAUAUUAAGUUAAGGGUACCAAUAAUUUUGUCCAGCCCAUUUUUGGAGUUUGGUGUGACAUUAUAUCCAAUGUGGUUUUUUUAUAACCUUUUUUGGUUUAGUUCCAAAAGGGAAUAAACAUGUGUAUAGCAAAAGAUGUGUUACUGCAAUGCUUUGCUGUGAGAAAUACUUCAUUUUCUUGAAACAUUUCAGGGGUGUAGUUCUGUUAAGACUAUGUAAAGAUUAUGUAAAGUGAAAUAUCAGGAGUACAUACAUUCUUAUAUCACAAAUUCUUGUCAAUUCAUCCUGUUUUCAUCAAUUGAACCAUCUUCUUUGUAUCAACACCAAGGUCGCAAAUGCUAAAUUCUAUAAAGUUUAGGCAAUUUAAAGAAAAUGUAAAAAAAAACUACAGGAUACUGUGCUUGCCAAUUGACUUCCUUAUUUAUGAAUAGAAAUGUUUACAUUGGACCUUCUGUUGUUGAUUCAAGAAUGGUAACAUGAAAUGUAAAAUUAAAAAUUUUACCUAGUAAAAUAAGAACAAAAAAAACAUUUAGAAUCACAAGCCAAUAAAUAAACUGGUUAGGGUGUCAUCACAUAUGUGCUGUGAUUCGGCUCAGUUCUAUUUUACCCGACACUUCAAUCCGAAUGCCAGGAGAAAUAACUGGCAGCUGGACCAUAGUCAACUGGACAUAGUCACUUUGCCAGUUGUUGCCAGUUGCCCCAUUAGUUUUGGCCAGUUUACUGAGCCAAAUCUCCACAUAUAUGUGAGGGCAUCCUUACAAAUUAAAAGGCGGUUUCCUGUGAAAUGUAUUAUUUUACGAUUGUCCCCAGUCUGCCCAAUAAAACAACAAAAAAUGUAACUCACCUUUUUCUGCUCCCUUGUAGCCACCGGUAUCAGGGUAGCCUAUCUCUGUCCGGUCUUCGCUGCCAAUCUGCUUCCUUGAGCCAGCCAAAGCUGUAGACAUGAUGUCACAGUAUCGGUCAGCCAAUCACUGGCCGAUGUGGUGUACUACCAUGGCCAAUGAUUGGUGAACGGCGCUAUGAUCUGAAGCUUCAGGGAAAACAGAGUCACCAGCCAUAGACAGAGUGCCCUGAUACUAGAGGCAAUGAAGGAGCAAGAAAAGUGAAUUAAAGCUUUAAUUGGUUUAUUAGACAGGUUGGGAACAAUGAUAAUGUUAAGUUCCUUAGUGUGUUAUGUUUCUUUUUUAUUAAUAAAUUUUUCUUUCAAAACAAAAUUACAGUAUGUUGCUUUAUCCGGAAUGCUAGAUUAUGAUAUAUUUGCUUUACAAUAGUUAUUAAAAGUGUUGCUGGUGCUAGUGUGUACUAUAUAACAGCUGUUAAGUAAUGAUGUUAAUAUAGAAAGUGCAUAUUUUACAGUCACAUCAAGGCUUCUAGUCUCUGAAAACUAAGAAGACCCAUAUGGGGAAACUAUUAUGAUAAAUGAUUAAUGGUAGUUGUAGAGCCCUAUGACAGAUAUUGGGGCCCAACAUAUUGAAGUUAUUAUACCUCUAAAGUCAAAUCAUCUUGUUUAUUGUCAUUUAGUGCUUUAGACAUUAUUUUAUGAUUGCUUGUUAAAAGGGUUUGCCAGCGAAGACUAACUUAUCCCCUACACAUGGUAGGGGGGGGAGAUUUGGGGUUUGUGACUGACCGCUGGGAGCCCCCGCGAUCUCUGGUAUGCGACCUUAGCUCUCAGUAAAGAGCACGUGCUUUAGACGCUGCACGUUCCAUUAAUUUCUAUGAGAACGCCAAAGAGAUCUGAGUACAGCACUCCUAUAGAACUUAAUGGAACACAUGCUGCCUACCAUGAUCUCCGGUAUGCAACUACGGCUCUCAGUGAGGAGCACGUGCCAUAGAUGGCACACGCUCUGUUCAUUUCUAUUGGAAUGCUGAAGAGACCAGAGUACAGCACUACCAUAGUAAUGAAUGGAAUGCAUGCUGUCUACGGCACAUGGUCCUCACUGAGAGCCGGGGACCCAUUUCCGGAGACCAACCGCGAUCAGCUGCUGAUCCCCUAUCUUGUGAAUAGGGGAUACAUAAAAUUUUGCUGGAAAACCCCUUUAAUUGUUUUUAUUUGGUUCAUUUAAAUGUUAUUGUUAAUUUUCAGACAAAAGGGACGAGGUGAAGCAGAGCACUUUAUCCAUAUGAUAGAAAUAAAUAUAUAUUUUAUUAUGUGUAAUUGAAAGUGAAACAGCUAAAAUGAAUCUGGAUCUUCCAUUGAGGUGUGUGCAAUAUUAUAUACACAGUUACUGGCAAGCAAUAAUACUCUAGCACAUACAUGCAUGCUACAUGAACUGAAGUACAUAAGUAUAAUGUAGACUUUUUACAUACAGUCAUUUUGGUUCAUUACGCUUAAAUAAUUGUUAAUGUUUAAUUCUCUAUUUUCAUUUGUAUGUAUAAAAGUGGGAGUGAUGGAUUCUAAAUUUAACAUUUAAGAAAUGAAAGUAAUGUUGUAACACCAUUAAUGUUGUUAUAAAUAUUUGUAUAAAGUAACAUAUACUGUAUAUAAGAAAAAAAACUGUAUAUAUUCCAUAUGUAUAAUCAAUGUUACUUUAAAUUGAUUUUUGCUUCUUGAAUGGCCUGUUCACAUAAUAAUUGACCAGUUUAUUUCUUUCCUGUAAUCAAUGCCAACUUAGUAUUACACCUCAACGCUACCUUAGUAUUAUGUUACAAGUCAACUUUACCUUAGCAUUAUGUUACUGUACACCUCAACACUAAUUUAGUAUUGUUACACCUCAGUGCUGCCUUAGUAUUUCAUAACAUUGAAUAUGUUUAUUUUUGGAAAUGCCCUUAUUUUAGUAACCUUGACUAUCUAUCUAUAUAAUGAUUAGACCAGAAAAUGGGAUGUAAGCAUUUAAAACACUUCCAGUAGUUCUAUGUGUUUCAUGUCACACACAACAAUAAAUCAACCCCACCAUAGAAUAGUACUGUGAGUAGUAAUGAAAUCAAAAGUUAAAGGGGAAUUCCAGUACAUAACAUCUUAUCCCAUAUACCCCCGCAAUCUCCUGCUCAGCGUUCCAGCUCUACUUGUGCAUGUAGCGAUCUCCUCUCCAUGCAAGGAGACUGUUGACCAUCACACAAAGCUGUUGUUACCACACCUCCUUUAUGCCUCUUUAUGGGAGAGCCGGAGAUACAUGAGCGCUGUAUCUUUAGCUCUCCAAUAGAGAUGCAUGGAGGGGACUUGUCGACCACAGCCGCUUUGAGCAAGAGAAGAGCCUGUGCUCUGAACACAAAUGUUCAGAACACUAGGGCACCGGGCAGGAGAUUGUGGGGAGGUCCCAGCGGUCAGACCCUCUAAGAACAGACACGUAUUCCCUACCCUCUAAAUAGGGGGUACAAUGUUAUGCACAGGAGUUCUGAGACCCUCUCUAUUCAUUAGUUAUAGCCGGAUGAAACGCAGUACAACUGAUAUGUUGCCUUAGUGUCUAUGGAGCGCAUCCUUUGGACUGAGUACUGAGCCAAAGAGUAGUGCAUGCUACCAAGUACUAGACCCUAAUCAGCCUUACCUUUUAACAUGUCUGAGCAACAAGAAAAAGGUUGGACUUAUCUAUAAACCUAAUGAACAUAUCAAUAAACCAAUCCAAAAAAAACAUUUCAGUUUUGAGGCUAAAAACUCAGUAUAUCACCACAUGAUAUCCAGUUGCUCCAAUCUUUUUUUCUUUUAUUUACAGGCAAGUUUAGGAAUUCUCUUUUUCUUCUAGAACAGAUUAACUUAUCUUUGUGUUCUGACUACAGGAUUGUCACUAUCUCUUUUCAGCGAAGAAGAAACAAAGCCAUUUCAGUAUUUUUCUUACAUUUUGUCUUUUUGUAAAUAAACAUAUUAAGGAAAUAAUUUUUUGUGUUUACUGUAAUUUAAAGUUAAAAAUGUGACUCCUGUUCUGAAAAAUUCUACUUAACUGCUCUUUUUUUAAUUACCGUACAUUUUGUAGCUUUGUUGGAUAUUUCUGAUACCCUUUUUUUAAUAUUUCUGAUUCACUGACAGGUGUUCCUAUGCCAUAUAUAUUGUAAAGGAGACAUGGGUCAGAGACUGAAAUUUCACACAGUAACAGUUCAUCUUAUAUACUUCUAGGCUUGUAGAUUAUUCUGCAACAUGGUCAAUAAGAUGAGGACAUGUAUGAUAUAUACAAAUAUGCUGAUACUCUGUGAAGCAAAACCAAAAAAAGUACACUAGGAAUUCAUGGUCGCAUUAUUCAUGUAGAAUCCUGUAGAAUUUGUCUUACAAUGUACAGGUACAGGUCACUAAACAAAAAAAAAAGGCCUUUUAUAAA